CAUAUAUUCUCCAUAUGUUUCUCUCUUCCCAAUUUCACUUGUCUUCCCAGCUGCUUCCUAUUUGUUUGCUGCUUCUGUCACUUAAGAGUUCAACCCAGAAAAUAGGAUGGCAACCACUGAGACUCCAAAGAUGAUCUACGACUUCACUGUCAAGGAUGCUAAGGGGAAUGAUGUGGAUCUUAGCGUUUACAAGGGAAAAGUUCUGCUCAUUGUCAAUGUUGCUUCUAAAUGUGGACUGACAAACUCAAACUACGCGGAGCUGAAUCAACUAUAUGAAAAGUAUAAAGAUCAAGGAUUCGAGAUACUGGCUUUUCCUUGCAAUCAGUUUGGUGCACAGGAACCGGGAAGUAAUGAAGAGAUUGAAGAGUUUGUCUGCACUCGUUUCAAAUCAGAAUUUCCGAUAUUUGACAAGAUUGAAGUAAAUGGUGAUAACUCUGCUCCACUGUACAAGUUCUUGAAGUUAGGCAAAUGGGGUUUCUUUAAAGAUGAUAUUCAGUGGAACUUUACCAAGUUUCUAGUUGACAGAGAUGGGAAAGUUGCUGAUCGCUAUUACCCUACAACUGCUGCCCUUAGCCUCGAGCAUGGCAUAAAGACGCUGUUGGGAGUAUCAUGAAUGCUUAAAUAUGAAGGCUUCAACGGGGUCAUAGCACAGUUAAGCAGUAUGCAUAUGCUUGCCUAUUGUGUAUAGAAAGGAAAAAAUAAAAAGCUUGCUUUGUGUCUCCCAAGACUUGUUAAUGUUUGAUUAAGCACAGUACCUAUCAGUUCUCCAAACUGAAGAAACUUGUUAUAUUCCUUGUGUGGCUGAUUAACAAUGAUCUUAUGUGCCAAUGUGGUACAGAAGCUCAGUACUACAUAUAUAGUUUCAAAUCUUGAAAAUC